AUGACGGCCUGCAGGGACCAAACACAGAUCUCCUCCGAGUGGCGAGCCACGUGGCUCACGCUCUAUGAACAUGAACUUUAUGCUGUUGUCUAUUCCCUGCUCGUUCCUUUGAAUCAGCAGCAGAGCAGGCUGCCGCCGUGUAAAACCUUCCUUUUUCUCUACUACAAGAUGGACCCGAACGCGUGCCCCCGUUUCGACGCUCGAUCCCGUCCUAUUCGCCGACUUCCGAUCGUGAGACCAGCCUCCGCGUCUUAUAGCAAGCCAGCCUGUAACGGUUCUCCCUCCGGAAGAGGGAAGAAAAAGGAGCUGCAAAAAAUGGACUUUCCCACGCUGCAUCCUCAUAGGCUGCAUGCGUGGGCAGCUAAGAUGGACCACCAGUGGAGCCCCCGCGGAGGCGCUGCUCAGGACUCACGUGACCAACAGCCCGACUCUGGAGCCACUUCCCCGGGUGACCACCCCGAUGUGAGGAGGCCCGCUUCAACAAGUCGGUCAAGGACGGCUGCAGGUGGCCGCAGUCCUGAAAGGAAGAGAGGGAAACAUCAAAUUGGGUUCCUAAACCCAAAGCAGGAGAAUGAAACCCCUUCAGGACUCGUGUGCAAGGCCGAGCCACUAAUGUAUGCAGCUAAACCAGAGUUCACCUUUAACCUCCUGACCCGCGUCCUUCCUCGGGACAACGAUGACCCGGUCACCGGGAAAGACGCACUAUUUAUUCUUUUGGGUGACCUGCACGUCUGA